CCUUCCCCCUCCCGCCCCAGACGGCGUUUCCGGCUCCCAAGUUCCUUAGUAACAAUGGAGGAGUAUAAAAUGGCCGCCUGAGGGAGCGGAGGGAGGGCGCGAAGGAGGGACGUCGCCGGCCGCUGGGCUCGGGCGGAAGGGAGGCCGGGAGGAAAGGGAAGCGGCGGCGGCGGCGCAGGGAGGCGGGGCGUGACGUGACGAAGCUGCGAGUCGGCCGCGAGAGCGAGAGGCGGGCGGAGACCCCGGAAGGCCGGCCGAGGCGGAGGAUCUUUCCUAUUCUUAUCAACAUGGAAAACUCGGAUUCCAACAGCAAAGGAAGUGCUGAUCAAUCCGAAGCACAGCGUCGGAAUCAGCUGGACCGACUAGAUCGGGAAGAAGCAUUCUAUCAUUUUGUAAAUAACCUGAGUGAAGAAGAUUACAGACUAAUGAGGGAUAACAACCUGCUUGGUACCCCAGGUGAGAUCACUGAAGAAGAAUUGCUACGAAGGUUGCAGCAAAUUAAAGAGGGUCCGCCGCAGCAAAGCAGUGAAGACAGUAGAGCAGGUGCAGAAUCUACAGAAGAUGUGUCCAAUGGCGAUUCCAUAAUAGAUUGGCUCAAUUCAGUUCGACAGACUGGGAAUACAACGCGCAGUGGGCAGAGAGGAAAUCAGUCUUGGCGGGCAGUGAGCCGGACUAAUCCAAACAGUGGGGAUUUCAGGUUCAGUUUGGAAAUAAAUGUCAAUCGUAAUAAUGGAAACCCAAACCCAGAAACUGAGGGUGAACCAUCUGUAGAACCACCUAGUGGGGAGGACCUGGAAAAUAACCAAAGUGACACCGAGACACCGAGGUCUGAAUCUCCUCCUGUUGUGAGGCAACCUGUACAAGAAAUGAGCGCUCCUCAAGAGCCAAACGAAGAAGCUUUUCCUCCCAGGGGCCAGAGAAGAUCAAGCAGCAGCAAGUCCAGAGCAGCUGGAGUGACAAUGAAGCUAGGAACUGAUAGGAAGUCGGUCACCCCUUAACCCAGUGAACGAUUCUCUCUCUAUAGGGCACAUUAUAAUUCCCCGCCCCAAAUGGCUGAUGUCUCCCCCACCGUUGAAGCUGAAGGAAGUUCUCGAACAAGACAGCACCUGGUGGUAAGACAACCUGCAGCCACUGCUGAGGUGCCCAGUGAAAACACAGUGCUGCUCUCAGCUCCUGAAGCAAGACCCGUUCCUCAGGCAACAGGUUCUGCAGAAACCAACCGGAAAUGAGCUGCAUGCGCCCUGGACCCAGUAAGGCCUCCUAAUUAUUGUCCUUGAUUUGCUGACGGCGAGGCGGUAUCCCCGCUCCCAGGAGAAUACAGGCAGAGAGACAGUAUAGCUAACCGAACUCGAUCAAGGUCCCAGACCCCAAACAAUACCGUUACUUAUGAAAGUGAGCGUGGAGGGUUUAGACGUACGUUUUCACGCUCGGAACGGGCAGGAGUGAGAACAUACGUCAGCACCAUUAGGAUUCCUAUUCGUAGAAUCUUGAACCUGAGCCAGGUUCGUUUUGUAUUCACCGCCCUCACGCCAUUCAGACCAUGCUGAGGCAGAUAAUGACUGGCUUUGGGGAGCUGAGUUACUUC